AAAGUUUUUCUAAAUUUCCACCAAAAAAUAUGGUCGUUUUUGGUUUAGAAAUUCUAACCUUGAUUUGUCAUUUGAUUCCCAUUCUGUUGGUACCAUUGAUUUUAAUUUUCUGCUCGUCGAAAAAGAAAGAACCACCUCGUCCAAUCGCAUCACAGACCUCAGCUAAUGCUUUAGUACCACAGUCUAGCUCACAACCUUCAACUCCAAUACAAGCCCCUCCUAUCAAAAAUGAAGAGGAUGAUGAUGACGUUAAAUUCAACAUAACCGUCAAGGCACCAGUGGAGAAAAAGGAUGAGUUUGAAGGUGAUGAUGAAGAGAAUCCGUUGGCUAAACUCGCAAUCAAAACAAAACCUAAAAAACCUGUUGAUGCGCCUGUGAAGACACCUGCGAAGGCUGCACCUCGAACAAGAACAAAAGAGAGUGCGAUUGCUCCGGAACGUGUAUUCCUGGCGCUGAAUGAAAAGCAGAUUGGGGUCUCUUGCUACCAAUUCGAGCCUUCACAGCCAUCGACCAUGAACAAUGCUCUGACUAAGAAACAAUCUGUUGUCAUGAAAAUCUCAAAAGCUUCAGACCAGCCUGCAGUUCCAACUCGUGCAAUGAUUCCCGGACCAAAACCAUCUUGUGAUCCUCCGAACAAUAAUAAAAGUGCAAUGAAGAUGAAGGUGGUGCAAGAACCUACUUGCAAAGAAUUGGCUGUCGAGAAAACUCAAUGAUCCUUUGAUGUUUCCAUUUUAUAAAAAAUUCUUGUCUUGUCUAGUUUUCUGUGUAUAAGAUUUGUUAAUUAUUAUAUAAUCCUAUAGUUCUGUAUUUCAAUAAACUUGAGACAUCA